CCACCGCACCCGCCGGCUCUGAGCGCUUCCCUGGACACGCGUGGGCUUACCCGCGUGACCGCCCGCCCCUUUCUCCCCCGCAGCCCCGUUUGCCACGGCCGGGCCGCGCCGCCUGCGUGGGAAAAAAAACCACUUUCCUCCGCGUGCCCGGGCCCACGCUCCCCACGCGGGGCGGCCGCUGCCGGGCGGGGGCGGUGCGGGGCGGUGCUGCCCGGCGGGAGGAGCCGGGACCGGGCGCAGGCGCCGCGCCGGGAACUGCCGCUCGCCCGGGCCUGCCGGCCUCCCGUCCGCUGCCACCCUGGCGCUGCGCUGCAUGGAUGGCGUCGUCCUCUCGCCCAACGAGGAUGAGUUCGUGGGCAGGAUAGUGGAGGAGCUGGAGCACUUCAUGCUGCAGGGGCAGCACCACAGUGUGCUCCUGUUCCCCCCUCUGUCCAGUCGCCUCAGGUACCUGAUCCACCGGACCGUGGACAAUGUGGAUUUGUUGAGCAGCUUUUCUGUGGGAGAAGGAUGGAGGAGGAGGACGGUCAUCUGUCACUCGGCCGUAAGGCUGCCCAGCGAGACCAGCGACCAAAAACCCAGCAGCAACCCACCGAGACCACACCGACCUCCGCAGCCGUGGGGCCGGGGGGGCCGAGGUGGCAGGCUGCGGCAUGGCGGGGAGGUCCACGGUGACAACUCUCGAGCCUGCGUGGGGUCUGGCAGGAUAAAAAGGCCACCCUGGAAGAAACCAGAUAAAGCCCUGUACGUCCCCAAGGCGAUGCGCAAGAAGGCAGAGCGGGGGGAGCAGGAGAACCCAGUGGCGGCCGGCACCGAGUCAGGUGGGGAUGUGGCACGGGAAGAAGAGGGCCGCCCUAAAGCUUCAGUCGGGGACGCCCAGGAGGAACCGGGGAAGUCCGAAAGCAGCCCAGGUAGCGCCUCCUUGGCCCUCGGCAAGCAACAGGAACCUGGCGAAGAGUGUGUUUCAGGAAAAAGUAAUGAUGAUGUAAACAAUGAAUGUCCUCCGUGCUCUACGGAUGUCCUGUCAUCAGAGAACAGUCAUGAUUUCUCUGGGCAGGAAAGUCAAGAUAAAGACUGUUCAGAUUCCCUUUCUUCUCUAGACAAUAAAAACCCAAUUGAAGCGGAUGAGCAAGAUCAGAGCUGCGACAACUCUAUUAUACAAGAAGGUAGCAAAAUCCUGUGCCAGCCGCAAGCUGAAGACCAAAGCAGCCAGGAUGCCAGUGUAACGGAGAGUGGCAAAAACUCCUCCCUAUCAGAAAGUCGCAGUGGUAACUGCUGUACAGACCCGGCUGUAGCAGAGCUGAGCGCAACGUUGCCGGUGCUGGAAAACCAAGAUAAGAGCUGCGGGGCUGCCACGAGCCUGGAGAGCGGUGGGAACGUGUCACUGCCUGAAGAACAGGGCGAGGACUUUGUGAAUGCUGGUGCGGUGGAGGGAGGUGAGAGUUUCUCCAAACUGGAAAGCCAAGAUCAAGAGUGUCCUGAUGUUGCCCGGGUGGAGCGUAACCAGAACCCCCCAGAAGCCCAAAAUGAGCCUUCUCAUGCCCACGGUGCCAACCCAUCGGCUCCUGAGGACCAGAACGAGCGCCAGGCAGAUGCUCCCGUGCAGAACCGUGGUGGGAAGGAGCCUGUGGCAGGAGAGGAGGACGAGGAGCAUUCGGGCUUGGCCGGCGUGCUCUGGCGUGAGCUGCAUUUGUCUGCAGGUGAUGAAGAGGAGAGUGUGGCCGUCCGCCGGCAGAGCAGCCUCGAGAACGACUGUACUGCAGAGCUCUUUGCAGAGAUUGUGGGUUAUUUAACUGUGAAGGACAUAAGCAUCGAGAAGAUCAACUUCGAUUUUUCCAGCUACGGAGAUGCACAGCUCAGCGAGGGGGACUUUGGCCACGUAACCGAAAUCUAUGACUUCUCCCCGUCGCUGAAAACGGAGCACCUGCUAGAAGUGUUCUCGGAUUUCCAUGAGAGCGGUUUCAAAAUCCAAUGGGUUGAUGAUACGCACGCCCUGGGAAUCUUCUCCAGCCUGUCCACAGCAUCUCAAGCCCUGGGGCGACGUUAUCCUUCUUUAAAGAUCCGACCCUUGAUCCAUGCGACAAAGCAGUCAAAGAUCAAGGCGCUUCAGCGACCGAAGCUCCUUCACCUCGCAAAAGAAAGACCCCAGACUGACACUGCAGUGGCGAAGAGGCUGGUGACCCGGGCGUUGGGCUUGAAGCACAAGCAGCAGGGUGUCUCAGGCACUGAAAUGCUCCCACCAGAAAGCUUGGACGAGGAGGAAUAAACCAUCUCAGCUAAAAAAAAAAAAAAAGAUGUAAAGACGAGCAUGGCUGUGAUAUUAAACUGCAUGCAGAACAG